CGCUCUCGAGGUUUCGCCAUCGCCCAUAUCCCUUCGCUUGAGGGGACAUCUUCUUCUCUAUAAUGAGCGUAAAUGAUACGGAUGGAUCAAAGAUACUCAACGCGAAGCCGGAUGCCACAUAUCUGAAGAGGAAACGCGAGAACAGCGUCAGUACUCCAGAUAUCCCAUGGGAGCCUGUCGUAUCUUUUCACAUCGACAACGAAUUGCGGCAGACCCCACAGGCUUCGUUCUUAUCAUAUGUCUGGGGCACUGGCCUUGACUCCGAUUGCGUUUCGUGUGGGGAGCCUUUUCUUCCCGGUGGCGUGCCUUCGAUACGGACCAUCGGCAUUGGAGACAGCACCUCUCGGUCAUCAGUGAAUGACAUCACACAAGAUCCGAUAUCGCCGUGGAAUCUCCGCGUAUUCAACCGACACUUCACCUGCAUAGAGGCCAAGAAUAUCAAGUAUAUCCCCAUCUCUCACGCUUGGCACACCGACGUGGCCGUGGCGCAGGAUCUUCGUCUUGAGAGCAUCGACGUUGCGCGGCUCGUCUACCAAACACCAGUUAGAACUCUCCUAGCACUUGUGGCGAAGUUCCCGGACUGCGAAGUCUGGCAUGACUACUUGAGCGUUCCACAAUGGCGGACUGACGUCCAGGCACGGCUCCUCCUCGCCAUUCCAGAAAUAUAUAGUCACGCCUCGAAAACCGUGAUCCAUCUCGACGACGUUGGGGCAAUGCACCUCUUGGGCCAGGCCAAGAAUUCGGCAUACGAGAAGUUCAUCAUGGACUUUGCAGCUAUCAUUCGGUCGAGAUGGUUUGACCGCAUGUGGGUGACACUGGAGUAUAUUCAGAGUAACGAUGUCGUCAUUCUUACGGAGGAAUACACGAUAUGCGAUGCCAAUGCACGGGAUUUAUGUCAACGCUUGGACGCUACGCACUCAAAAUGGGUAAAAAAGCGCAGCAAUUCGGAUGUCACGCAGGCUAUCUGGAAGCAAAACACGACAUUGAAAAGGAUGACUUCGUGGAUAGACAUGGAGGCAUGGAAAAACGAGCACGACAUGCAUAGGACUCUUGGGUGGGCAAUUGGAAUAUUGGGCCAUCGGCAGUGUCGGCACACGAGAGAUUACUUCUUGGCUCUUGGGAAAAUGGUUGACUUCCGGCCAGAGCAAGAUCCUCUUGUCCUUAUCGAGAACCGGUUCCAAUACUUCUUCACCUUAGCGAUACAUGCGCUACAGAAAAAUGACUACACGCCGCUGCUAUUUAUACCGCCGCCAGAUGAGCACACGGAUGACCGAGCGCCGUGGCUGCAUGGAUACUCGACGGGAACGUGGAAACUUUGGGACAUGGGUAGAUGUCAUAGGAAAGCGGCUUCUAAGUCCAUUAUCAGAGAAGGCAAGAUCCAGCCCCAACUCGAGACGGUGGGUAUCAUCGAAUGGUUUGAGCAUUACGACUUCGGAGGUGACGCAGAGUCCGUCAUGGACUAUAUUGCAUCGAAGGUAGUCCAGGCACGCGGACGGGACCCCCAAGCUCUAUGCGAAGCUGCGGAUCGUGUCUUCCCAUGGGAUGAUAGGAAAGCAGUCAACAUGGAGUGGAAGGACGCGAAGCAGGGAGAGGCUUGGAAUUCGACGCAGAGGUACGACUUAGACAAGCUACGGGGUCUUCUAGAAGAAUAUGGACCGCUGCUAGAUACCCAAGCAAGGGAAGCCGCAACUCGACAGAGAUUAGAGAUUGCGAAGAAACUGGUAAGAACCUUGAAACUGAGCAACAGAGGGAAGUAUUCGAGAGAGUCACGCCUAGAGCUAGCAGCUGGAGAAGCGGAUUGGUUCUUGCGAGAGUACGGGAAAGCCAUGGAAGGAGUCGGUCGCGUUAGUUGCAAGAUCUGUGGGCGGCGAUCGAUAUUUCGACUAACCAUGUGGAAACAACCUGCACCAGAUGUUGCACAAGUGUAUAGGAUUUCUGGGCUCUUGUAUGACGAUACUGUUCCUGAGGGUGUUGGGAUUGUAGUGGAAGGCAAAAGGAUUAUCGGCAAGAUGAUGUACGGAACACCAACUUGUGAAUGCCGCGAGUUGGAGCUGGUUGAAAUGGGAUCGGUGAACGCUUAGCCACGUAUUAUAAUCUAGGUGGAUCGUAUACUCCACACUAGUCUCGGAAUUUAACCCGAAGAGGAUAUGCGACGA